AUGGAAGAUGAAAGCUCCGAGAGUAGAAACAAAGCUCGCCUCGCCAUCAUGGAGCUCGCUAACAUGAUCAGCGUUCCAAUGUCUCUCAACGCCGCCGUUAGGUUACGCAUCACCGACGCUAUAUGGAACAACGGAUCCAACUCUCCUCUCUCCGCCGCUCAGAUCCUCCCUCUCGUCCUUCUCCCGUCCAAAAACGGUACCAUCGGUGGCGAUCCAGAGAAUCUCCAGCGUAUACUUCGUAUGCUCACAAGCUACGGUGUCUUCUCCGAACACCUCACUGACGCCGGCAGGAAGUACUCUCUCACCGACGUCGGGAAAACGCUCGUCACUGACUCAGGCGGUCUCUCCUACGCCGCUUACGUCCUCCAACACCACCAGGAGGCGUUGAUGCGAGCAUGGCCACUUGUUCACACGGCGGUGGUGGAGCCGGAGACUGAACCGUACGUGAAAGCAAACGGCGAGGCUGCAUACGCGCAGUAUGGAAAAUCCGAGGAGAUGAAUGGUCUAAUGCAAAAGGCCAUGUCCGGCGUUUCUGUGCCGUUCAUGAAAGCGAUAAUGGACGGCUACGAUGGGUUUAAGUACGUGGAGCAUUUGGUUGACGUAGGAGGGAGCGCAGGGGAUUGUCUACGUAUGAUCAUUAAGCAGUUCCCUAACGUCCGUCAAGGGAUUAACUUUGAUUUGCCUGAAGUUGUUGCCAAAGCUCCCAAGAUACCAGGAGUGACUCACAUGGGUGGGGAUAUGUUCCAAUCAGUUCCUAGUGGUGACGCAAUCUUCAUGAAGGUUUUGGUGUUAACAACAUGGACGGACGAAGAAUGCAAGCAGAUAAUGAAGAAUUGUUACAAAGCGUUACCGGUUGGAGGUAAACUAAUUGCGUGUGAGCCGGUUUUGCCUAAGGAAACUGAUGAUAGCCACCGUACUCGUGCCUUGUUGGAAGGCGACAUCUUUGUUAUGACAAUCUAUAGGACCAAAGGUAAGCAUAGAACUGAAGAAGAGUUUAAAGAGCUUGGUCUCUCUGCUGGAUUCUCUACUUUUCGACCUUUCUACAUCGAUUACUUCUACACCAUCUUAGAGUUUCAGAAGUAA